AUAUUGGUGGAGUUGCGCGACUACUCAUGUAUUUGCGAUCCAUGAACGAUUUUACGAAACCUUUAAAAGAACGAGAUGUUGAUAAUUUAGGAUCGCAGAUGGUCAAUAGAGUUCGGAGUGUUAUAUCAUUGACAAAUCUUCCAAAAUCAGCUCUCAAGGAACUUAUAAGGCACAUUGUUACUGGAACGACAGUUUUUGAUGGUACUCAACUUCCAGGAACCAAGUUAACUUACAUUGAUCUUAACCGCUAUGGAAUUUUUCAUUAUCGUCCGUUGUUAAACGAUCAAUUUGUAAUAACAAUGCUGUAUAUCCUUUUAUGUAAACUAAACAACGAAAUUUCAGUACUACCUUCUGAUCUCCUUACCUUUCCUUGUCGAAGGUGGACCUGGCAGGAUUUUGAGAGACUGGAAGC